GAACAUAUAAUUUAAAACAACUCUCUUGUUGUUCUCCAUCCGUCUCCCAGAUUUCAAGAGUCACUUUCAAACUCAUCACAAAGCAACAAAAUGCCCUUCGGUCAGAUCAAGACUACGGAUGUGAAUCAUGGCAUCCCGAUCCAUUCCCCUCCGUAUCCAUCUACAAAGGACGAAUUCUCAGACAUAGAAUGCCUUUCUAUCACGUACUUCACCGAAGCUAAAGCUGUCGCUCCAUUGCUUCCCGAAGAACUUGAGAUUGAAGACGAACCGCUCGUUACAUUCACCCUCUUCAAGUACGGGGCCAGCCCAAUCGGACCCUACACCGAAUUCGUUUCUCAAGUCGAAGUCAAAUGGAAUGGCAAAAAAUACGAUUGGACAAUAGGGCUCGUCCUUGACAAUGAGGGCGCCAUCUUCUCUGGCCGCGAAAAGUACGGCAUUCCCAAGGUCUUUGGAAACGUGGUGUGGGAUCCGUCCUCCACAAAGCCGGCUCCGUCGGGGUACCUGAGCGGGCAUGUGGAGCGACCUUUCGGGUCGAAGAUUGUGCAAUUUGGCUUCAAGCCACAGCAGAAGAUCCAAGGAGUGGGGCCGAUCCCAGAGCCGGAGAAGUUCAGUCUUCACCUGCGCUCGAUCCCGUCUCCCAAUAUUGGCAUGCCGCCAACGAUACGAGAGUUCGUGCCACUCAACUUUCACUUGACGGAAGGGGAGAUUUGGACGGGUACACCGUCGCUCGGCUUUACGGGGGUUUCUGAUUUCGAUCCUGUACAUAAGUUGCCCGUUGUUCGUUAUCAAGGUGGGACCUUUGUGCGACAUGGCGCCGCAGUCCUCGAGCCUGUCCCCAAGACGUAUCAGAUUUAAAGGCCGGGCAGAAUGUUA